AUGGGAAACUGUUUAUUCGGAGGGUUUGGAGAAGUUGAAGGAGUAAUUAAAGUUAUAACUUCCACUGGUGGCAUCAUGGAGUUUUAUCCACCAAUUACUGCAGCUUGUAUCACUGAUGAGUUUCCAGGCCACGCCAUCUUUCCAAGCCAUGAUCUUUUCUGGAAACAACUCUCUCAUCAUGAAGACCUCUUACCAGGAAAAUCUUACUAUUUACUUCCACUGAAUGAGACCACAGUCACAGACCCUGGUGGCCAAAUCGUCCGAGAAGGCCAUGUGAGAUCAAACAGCAUACCCACAUCACUUGUUUCUUCUUACAGAAUGUCUUGUGAUUAUCAUGGGACGUUAAAGAGGUCAUACACAGAAGUUUUCUCCAAGUAUAAUACAAGUAGUGGGUUUUGGAAAGUGAAGCUUGUGAUCAGUCCACAACAGUUGUUGGAGAUAUUGUCACAAGAGGGUCGCACACAAGAGUUGAUUGAGAGUGUGAGAACAGUUGCUAAGUGUGGAAAUGGGGUCUCAUCAAUAGCAUCUUCUGUAGCGUUUUCAGAUCAAUGGAGCCUCUCCAGCAGCAGCAGAAAUGCUUCAUCUAAGAAAGAUUAUUUGUUAGAAAUUUAG